AUGAAUUCACUCGAGGAAAUAUUCCAGGAACUAGGUAUCUCCCAAUACCUAGGGGCCUUCGUGGAUCAGGGCUUCGACACGUGGGAGACGAUACUCGACAUCACAGAAUCGGACCUUGAUGCACUCGGGGUCAAACUAGGGCAUCGCAGGAAACUGCAACGCCGGAUUGCCAACUAUCGAGGUGUGGCACCCGCUGCCUCACUCGUAUCGCCCGCGCGGACGAGCAUUGAGGAGUCUUCUGCUGCAAACACCAAUAAGCCCUUGCAACCCGAAGUCAAAGAUGCUGGCAGUGUAUCAUCGACCAAGCGCAAGUACAGGCGGCACCCAAAGCCCGACGAGAAUGCUCCUGAACGGCCCCCCUCUGCAUAUGUCCUGUUUUCCAAUAAGAUGCGAGAAGAUCUCAAGGGUCAAAACUUGACAUUCACUGAAAUCGCCAAGCUGGUAGGAGAAAACUGGCAGAGCCUGGAUCGCUCCGAAAAGGAGCCCUACGAGAGUCAGGCUCUGGACUUGAAGGAGCGUUACAACCGGGACAUGAACGAGUACAAGCAGACUGUCCACUAUAAGCGCUAUUCCGAGUACUUGCAAGAGUUCCGCCGAAGACAGGCGCUCCACGAUAAAGAUGCGUCCAAAAAGGCCAGGCUGGAUACCGACGGUCGCACCCGCGGUGGCGGUAUUGGCAACCUUUCACUCGGCCCCAGUGCUGCAAACAGCAAUACCGGUAGUGGUUCAGAGAGUCAGCCCGGCAGUGAGCCUCCACCGACUAGGCAGCAGAGGUUGGAUUCCAUCACCUCACAGCCAGAGUCUCACAAAUCUCCCGUCGUGGCAACCCACGUCUUCCCGCGGCCGGCCGAUGAGAUGUGCUAUUCUCCGAUGUCGUCCACCCAAGACGAGCACGGCCCGUCGAGAGCUCGAGGCUUCUCAAGUCCGAUUGGCAGGGAUGUCUCAGAGCUGCCAUCACUCAACCACCCGGUGAUACGGGAAGGCCACCGUUCCGAUAGUUCAUCUGCCUAUCUGCCUCCCAUCGCCGGCGCAGGCGAACCCCGUGUCCUGGCUGCCCCGAUCUCUCAUUCCCCCGAAAAUGGCAUGCCGAGCAUCGCCCCGGUACUGAAUCAUCGCAACACCUCGCGACAUGGUUCGGGCUCAUCCAGCUAUUGGUCGCGUACGCCAUCGCUACUCACAGAGCAGUCGUCCACAGGCAGCACGACAUCCCUUGGCUCUGUUGGUCCACCUAGAACCCCGAGCGAGUCCUCUCUGCCCAUUCACGCGCUUUUGUCGUCAAAGCCCGAGGCCCCGAGUCCAACAACGAACACCAAGCCAUUACCGGAUGGUAUGACCGUGUCGCAACCUCCGCCCGCGAUCCAUCGCCCACAAUCCAGUCGCCCCCCAGGUCAUCAGGUUGCUCUGGACAGCAAACCCGUGUUUAGCGAUGGUCGGUAUCCAACGAUUACAACUACGCAACUACCACCCGUGGCACCUCUGACUACGUCACUGGGUGCCGCCCCAGCAGCAGGGUCCCCAGCCAUGGGUCCUGCAGAACCCAGCUACGAUGGGAUGAGUGCACUGCUCCGCGCCAGCGACAUCGUUGGCCGUCAAAGACAAUAG